GAGGAGGAGGAAGGAGGCUGGAUCGUGGCGAGGACGCAAGACAAAGAGAGAGAACCAGACCUCAUUUCCUGUUGGGAAGAAGGAGAAGAUCCGGUGAUGCAGGAACCCAAAGAAGAGGAGGAGACCUCAGCAGGUUACAUCUGGGGGGUCAAAGCUGACAGAGAAGUAUCUGAAGUAUCACUGGAAAAAGCUGAGGAGCAGAUGCAGGAGCAGAAACUGAGGAGUCAAGAUGGAGCAAAGAGACAAGAGGAAAGACAAACUCACACAGGGGAGAAACCUUAUAAAUGCUUGGAGUGUGGAAAGAGCUUCAGGUGGAGUAGCAGCCUUACUUCGCAUCAAAGAACUCACACAGGAGACAAACCUUAUAAAUGCUUGGAGUGUGGAAAGAGCUUCAGUCAGAGUGGCAACCUUACUUCACAUCAAAGAACUCACACAGGAGACAAACCUUAUAAAUGCUUGGAGUGUGGAAAGAGCUUCAGUCAGAGUGGCAACCUUACUUUGCAUCAAAAAACUCACACAGGAGACAAGCUUUAUAAAUGUUUCGAGUGUGGAAAGAGCUUUAGUCAGAGUAGCCACCUUACUUCGCAUCAAAGAACUCACACAGGAGACAAACCGUAUAAGUGCUUGGAGUGUGGAAAGAGCUUCAGGUGGAGUAGCCACCUUACUUCGCAUUACAAAACUCAUACAGGGAACAAACCUUAUCAAUGCUUUGAGUGUGGAAAAAGCUUCAGUCAGAGUAGCACUCUCACUUCGCAUCAAAGAACUCACACAGGGGACAAAUCUUAUAAAUGCUUGGAGUGUGGAAAGAGCUUCAGUCAGAGUAGCCACCUUACUUCGCAUCACAGAACUCACACAGGGGACAAACCUUAUAAAUGCUUGGAGUGUGGAAAGAGCUUCAGUCAGAGUAGCACUCUUACUUUGCAUCAAAAAAAUCACACAGGAGACAAACCUUAUAAAUGCUUUGAGUGUGGAAAGAGCUUCAGUUAUAGUAGCGCCCUUACUUUGCAUCAAAGAACUCACACAGGAGACAAACCUUAUAAAUGCUUGGAGUGUGGAAAGAGCUUCAGUUAUAGUAGCGCCCUUACUUCGCAUCAAAGAAGUCACACAGGAGACAAACCUUAUAAAUGCUUGGAGUGUGGAAAGAGCUUCAGUCAUAGUAGCCACCUUAGUUUGCAUCAAAGAACUCACACAGGAGACAAACCUUAUAAAUGCUUGGAGUGUGGAAAGUGCUUCAGCCGGAGUAGCCACCUUACUUCGCAUCACAGAACUCACACAGGAGACAAACCUUAUAAAUGCUUUGAGUGUGGAAAAAGCUUCAGGUGGAGUAGCAACCUUACUUUGCAUCACAGAACUCACACAGGAAACAAACCUUAUCAAUGCUUUGAGUGUGGAAAGAGCUUCUGUGACAGUAGCGCCCUUACUUCGCAUCACAAAACUCAUACAGGGAACAAACCUUAUAAAUGCUUGGAGUGUGGAAAGGGCUUCAGUGACAGUAGCACCCUUACUUUGCAUCACAGAACUCAUACAGGGAACAAACCUUAUCAAUGCUUGGAGUGUGGAAAGAGCUUUAGUCAGAAUGGCAACCUUACUGUACAUCAAAGAACUCACACAGGGGACAAACCUUAUCAAUGCUUGGAGUGUGGAAAGUGUUUCAGUCGGAGUGACACCCUUAGUAAACAUGAAAGAACUCACAGGAGACAAACCUUAUAAAUGCUUGGAGUGUGGAAAGAGCCACAAGAGUGUCUGUAUAGUAUAGCCAGCGGGGAUUUUUCACAUUCCGCCAUGUUAAAUUGAAAAUACUCCCCAUGCCAUUCUGAUGCUUCCCAUAAGCUCAUUUCAAAACAAAAGCUUCCAUAACUUAUAGUCCUGAACUCAGAAAUGCUUGCUUAAUAGCCCUGUCAAUCUUCAUGGCGAUACACAAAACAGUCAGAGAGAAUAGACAGUUCAAAGUGUAAAAAGAGGGAGAGAAACCUCAGAAACCUUUUGGACUUUUUUCUCUGAGAGUUAUAAUCUGUUGAGAUUAAUUAAAAAUCAGCCAUGUUCACAGAGUACCUGUAAUCCUAAUACUGACAUUGCCCCAUACUCUGACCUUCAUCUGCUGCAGUUUAAAAGUUUAAAAAAUGCCUGGCUGAUUUAAUAAAUUUUGGCUGGGACCCAAAGAUAGCGCGGAGCAUGCUCAGAAGGACCAACUGUCAGAGUUCUAAAAGCCUCACAGCUGCUGGGCUUGGCUAAUCAG